AUGGAUCUGGCUUUUGGCAGCUUCGCAGCUCUUGCGCAGCCGUACCUCUUCGGCAGGCAGCACUUCACCGCGGAUGGAUUCGAAGCACAUGUGGCUGCCAGCAAAUCUCCGGACCGCAUGAUCAGGACAUUCCGACCACACCUGAAUGGGCGUGUGUAUUUGGUGACAGGUAGUGGGACCGCCGUCAUACGAGAGAACAUCAAAUUUUUGUUGGAGUGUGGGGCUACAGUCUACGCUGUCUGUGCGACCCAAGACAUUGCAGAUGAGCUGACCAGCAGUUUCCAGUCAUUGGAUGCCAAGCUGGAGGAGGGUGAGGCCCAGCUUCACAUUCUGCUCGCGGAUGUCGCAUCAAGCUCAUCGGUUCGGGAUUGCUGGCAGCGCUUUGAAUCCAGCUUGACUCAUAAGCGUCUUGAUUGCUUGGUAUGUGGUGAGCAGCGCUUCCGCCACCAACGCACCAUCACUCAAGACGUGGAAGAGACCUUUGCGGCAAACCUGCUGUGGGGCACCUACUUUCUUGGUAUUCUGGCAUUGCCGUUGCUGCAGCAGAGCAGCGGUCGGAUCGUCGUGGUGAGCAGUUGGGAGAUGUAUGGGACAGCGCUUCCAGAACUGCCAAAGCUUACCUCAGAUGCCAAGGAGGAGUACGUUGGCCUUCUCGCAUUUUCCUAUGUGAAACGGGGACAGGUUCUUCUUUGCGAGCACUGGGCCACGGAAUUUUCGGAAGUGAAAGUUGUCAGUUGCCAUGCAGGAUGGGUUGAGGACAAGCUGGCAACAGACAUUUACGGAGAAAGAUCUGUACUGAUGGAGCCAAUGCGUGAUGCCUGGUCGGGUGCCGAGGGCAUCGCGUGGCUGUGCACUACGGCGUCCCGCAAUCUAGUGUCAGGCGCCUUCUACUUGGACAAGGCGCCCCAGAGCAAGCAUCUGGCAGGCCCUUUCUUCUCGGAGGGCACUGCAACUCAGAACAGCAGUACCGACCUUCACCUCUUCCUCGUGUGCUUGCAGGAGUGGAGUCAUGGCCAGCGAGUGGCGGUCAUGCCGCGUGCUGCGGUGAAGAAUGGGCUCCCUUCACUGCAAGACGCGGCUGUUACGGACGGCUCUCGCUUCCAACUCAACAAAUUCAUGGGCAUCUGGUAUGUCAUGUGGCAUGUUCCGAACGGUUUCGAGGAGGCUAGCUCCAACAUCGUCAGGGACUACCGGCUCGAUGCAUCGGAGUCAGUGGUCAUGGUCCGCUAUAUCAGUCGCCAGGGUGACAAGCGACUUAUCCAUGAGGAGCACCUGGCAGUGAUGGGCCCCUUACGCUCUGAGUUUCAGCGGCAGCCGCAGCUGGGAGCUACUUCGAGUGUGCUUCCUCGCUACGUGGUCCUCUACUGUUCAGACAAUGCCAGGGUUGGAAUGGUUGGCACGACUGAUCGCAGCAAGUUGUGGCUGCUGUCGCGAGAACCAGCGCUGGAUGUUCAGUCUCUGCAGAAGCUUCGGGAGCAUGCCAAGAAGUUCGGUUUCAGUCCGUCCAAGCUUCUCUGCGUUUCGCACCAGUGGCGACAGAAAUGGGAUGGGUGA